CGUAGACGAAGCACAGAGAGAGAGAGAGAGAGAGAAAGAAGGCAACUUCUGGGUUUUGGAGAGUUGUUUCCUCCACUUCCUCUUCUCUUCUCUUCUCUUCUUCUCCGCUCGCCUUAUCCUCCAUCUGUUAUGUUUUUGGCCUGUGUCGUUGUUUGAAUGCUGCAAUGCGCUCCUCUGAUACGAAGCAGUGUGGGUGUUCGUUGCAUGGCCUGUAACUGUGCAUUGGUGGCUACGACUGGGCUGCAGGCGGAGGGGGAGUAGGAGGUGGAGGUGGAGGUGACGGGAUCUGAAUAAAAGAGCGGAAGGAAGGAAGCGGUGUCGGUCGCGGCCUGGCCCAGAUGUCCCGCCCCGGCGAGCCCAGCGGACGGGCCGGGAGGCGGACCGAGCUCGACCCGGUGGUUUACCGGUUCGGCUCCGCGUUGGCUCUCCGCGAGGGGCCGGGCAAGGACAAGGUUGACGACAACGGCGGCCCCCUCGGCUCCCCGGUUUCCCCCCUCCGGCCACGCGUUUCUGCGGCCGCCAACACCAGCAGCAGCUCCAGCUCCUCCGGCUCCGCGCCUGGCAAGCCCCCGGCCCCGGCGUCCUGCGAUACCAGCCCCACCGCUGCCGCAGACCGCAGCAGGGGCUCCAAGCCCGGGCACCGUCGCUCGAGCUCUGGCCCGCUGAUCUUCUCUGACCGCAACGGUGGCAGCGGCGGCGGUAGUAGCUCGGCGAGUUCUCCGCUGACCAAUGUGCUUCCCGCGGGCAAUAUCUGCCCCUCGGGGAAGAUCACCGGCAUGGUGCCAAGGACCACGGCCAGGAGCGACGUGCUCGGCUCCGGCACCGGGAACUACGGCCACGGCAGUAUCGUGCGCGGCGGGACGAGCGGUGGCGUCCCGAGAAUCGAUGCGGGGACUGGGAGCUUGGUGGAUCCGAGUGCGAGGAGACCGACGGCUAGCGCGGACCCGCAGUUGGUGACGAAGGCGGGGAACGAGCAAUACAAGAGGGGGAACUACGUCGAGGCUUUGAGGUUCUACGAUAAGGCGGUGGCGAUGUUCCCAGGCAAUGCUGCGUGCCGGAGCAACCGUGCGGCUGCGCUGAUGGGGCUGGGUAGGCUGGGAGAGGCCGUGAGGGAGUGCGAGGAGGCGGCCCGGCUGGAUCCGGCGAAUGGGCGGGUGCACCACCGGCUGGCGUGUCUUUACCUACGGUUAGGGCAGAUUGAGAAUGCAAGGCUGCACAUUUUCUCAACAGGGAAUCAGCCUGACCCUGUCGAAUUGCAGAAGCUGCAAACAGUGGAGAGGCAUUUAGGGAAAUGCGGAGAGGCAAGGAAGAUAGGUGAUUGGAAAAGUGCAUUAAGGGAAGCUGAUGCUGCCAUCGUAGCAGGAGCAGAUUCUUCUCCCCUGCUAAUUGCAAUGAAAUCAGAAGCCCUUCUCCGGCUCCAUCAAAUUGAUGAGGCUGACUCGGCUCUAACAAGCUCACCUAAAUUUGAGAUGUUAUGUGCACCCUACUUGAAUACCAAGUUUUUUGGUAUGCAUCCAGAGGCCUAUGUGUACAUUGUCCGUGCACAAGUUGACGUGGCACUGGGAAGGUUUGAAAAUGCAGUUGAAGUAGCUGAAAAGGCUAAGUGGAUGGAUUCUAGAAGCAUAGAGGUGGCAAUGAUACUGAACAAUGUGAAAUCAGUUGUAAAAGCUCGAAUUCAAGGGAAUGAGCUCUUCAAAUCAGGACAUUUUGCAGAAGCAAUCACUGCUUAUGGCGAAGGGCUCAAGUAUGAUCCUUCAAAUCCAGUCCUCCUAUGCAACAGAGCAGCUUGCCGGUCAAAGCUUGGACAAUGGGAGAAGUCUCUCGAAGAUUGCAACCAAGCCCUCAGAAUCCAACCCAGUUAUAUCAAGGCUCUUCUCAGACGUGCUGACUCCAAUGCCAAGCUCGAGCGAUGGGCUGAAUCAGUACAAGAUUAUGAAGUCCUCAGCAAGGAGCUUCCACAUGACCCCGAGGUGGCUGAAGCCCUGUUCCAUGCUCAAGUUGCACUAAAGAUGUCUCGGGGUGAAGAAAUCUCUAAUAUGAAGUUUGGUGGUGAGGUCGAGGAGGUUACAAGUUUGGAACAGUUCCAAGCAGCAAUAUGCUUACCGAGAGCUUCUGUCAUCUGCUUCAUGGCAGUAUCCAAUCAGAAAUGUUCCCAGAUCACACCAUUUGUCAAUUCACUGUGCAUACGAUACCCAUCUGCAAAUUUUCUCAAGGUUGAUGUCGACAAGAGCCCCACCGUCGCGAAGGCAGAGAACGUGAGGGUACUCCCCACAUUCAAGAUCUACAAAAGUGGGACAAGGAUGAAGGAGAUGAUUUGUCCCAGUCAACAGGUGUUGGAGUAUUCUGUGAGGCACUACAGUCUCUGAGGAGUUGAGACACUGGUUCGAUUCCAUUAUUGCACUGCCACCUUAUCUACAUCCAUUAAUAUAAAUGUCAGAUCCCACUAUGUGGUAACUCAUUGAGUCAAAACAUGAACUGGAGUGGUGGAGAAGAGAUUUCCUCCAUUUUCUGAGUCAUUCAAAUCUAGAGUAAGAGAUCAUGUCCCAUGUCCUGCCCAGAGGAUGCUCCUGAAUUCCAUAUGUACCAACUACAUAAUUCAUUUAGUUCUGCAGCCACAGGCAGAUUUUUUUUUGGUGUAUAUACAUCAUGUACAUGAACACUGGAAUCCAUUGGGGUGAUCUUGUAUAUGAUGCUGGUCGAACCGGGCGGUAAGAGAAGUGAGAGAGAGAGAGAGAUAGAGAGAGAGAGGGAGUUUGGGUAUAUCAAUUUAUUGUUACUAUCACCAAUGUUUAAUUUUGCUACUGCCACUGUUGCUGGUGGUGGUUUAUAUAUAUAAUGUGCUUCCAUUUCUGCA